AUGAAGGCAACUAGGCAAGGAGAAGAUUCUGUAAAUCUUGUUCAAGAUCCUAUAGCUGUGGCAGAAACUUCUAUGGUUCCCGUGGAAGAAGAGCAAUCCCUUCUUGUAGUUAAUAAUGCACUUCUCUCAUCCUUCAGUCACGAGGCAAUGAGAGAGAACCUGGAACAAAAUAAAUAUCAUGAGGAACCUGUGCAAUCUGAUAUUUUAACAAUUCAGAAGAAUGUAGAAGAUGAGACAGAUAAGCAAAUAAAAACUAAGUUACCAACGCAAAAGAUAAGAUAUCAACUUGAUAGGGAAGUGGGACAGGAGGUAUUUGAAGAUCUCACCUUUUAUAUGGACCAUGCGUAUACAUUUAGAGAACUCUCUAAUGUUAGCUUGGAUGAGGGACUGGGAUUAGUUUGUAGCAAGGAACCCCCAGAUAGAGGUUUCUACUCAGAUGGAGACAAUCCUAAUAAUUCUGACCCCAUAGAGGUAGACUCUCAAGCAUCAG